GACUGGCCUGCUUUGGACGUCGAGCACCAAUGUAUCCCCGCUAGCCGAGCAGAACAGCAGACUAUAGUGUCACGAGCUACACUAGAAUGGCAUCGAGACAUUAUCGCACAUACAGAACAAGAAAACAAGGCUCCGAUCAGUUCGUUUUCAUGACCAUCAUUUUGCCGUAGACGAAUCAAAGGCAUCAGGAAGAUGAAGAUACGUCAGUGACCAUUGUCUUAAGCUUUCGUCACUAUAAACUCUCAUCCGUAUCGUCUGUGUGUUACUCACCCUUUUUGCCCUCGUAGACUACUAUCGUGUCCCCACUACACAUAAUUUCGCGCUUGAUGGAUGUAUGGCUACCACGACUGUCUACACGGUGUCAAAGACUUCUUCUCUUUUGGACCGCGAUGGUGGCACUCGCUCAGGGACAAUCGCAUCGAGGGGCACCUAACACAUCACCAUUGGAGAUUCGCACACUUGAACAAUUUCAUAUGUGUGAGAUUGCACCCAUCUUGGUCGUCGGCGGGAAUUCGCCAUACAAGCUACAAUUCUUUUUCAAUGGUGUGCUGGGUAAGGAGAUAACGCUGGGCGACACCGCAUUCCAGUGGAAGGUCGCAGUAGGCCGUGACGUUGCAAUUGAUAUAGUUGCCAUCGACAUCUUCUCUAGGAAAGUAAGUAUAGGUCCAUUCUUCAGCUCACCUUCAAGGGCCUGUAUUGCGGACCCUGCCUUUCCUUUCUCGUCCAUUGAGAACACCGAUUCAUCUCUUGUCGCCUCUUCGACCAUCCCUGUUGUACCGUCCUUAACAACAUCAUCUUUAUCGUCGUCUUCAUCUCCACCCUUCUCAACGCUAGCUCCGUCCACUUUCUCUCCUACGCCAGUCAUCACCGAUAGUAUCGACUCUUUGUCCGCCACUUCUUCGGGAUUUUCUCAAGGUAACAUUGACUCUGGGGUGUCUGCUGGUGGCAUUUCAUCAAAAUUGAUUGGUUUCAUUGUCCUUGGGGCUGUGCUGUUCUUACUACUUGUGAUUGCAACUGCUCUUUGGGUGUGGCGGAGAAAUAGACGGCGACCUACCCUCUCAACUGUAGACUUAUUGGAUGAGAGCGAUCAAUCUGACCUUGAGGAUGGACUUCUAAGGACCGUUCAAAUGCCUGAUGGACGAUCCACUAUGCAAACUCGUCCAUCGGAAGAUCGCAUGAUUGGUAACAUUAAUGAUUCAAGGCUCGUUACAAAGUACAGGCAGUCAGGCGAGAGUAUUGGCACUGGUCCCAAGCAUAACCGCUGGUCGUCAAAUCAGGAUGCACGCCUCGCCAUCGACUCUGCAUCAUACCUGUCUUCUCGCGCUUCAUCGCCGUUUCUGAUAUCGCAGGUCUCUGACACCCUUGUUAUCGACGCCACAUCUUCAAAAAAUCGACUGCCGGUCGACGCUGCCAGUGUCCCACACUCUGUUUCUCAUCCAGGAACGUCCUUGUUUGCUCAGCCUGAGGCUGAAAGUGCUGGUGUGAAGUCAACGCAGAGACGAGAAGCCGAGGCUGGAAUUAGAUUGAAUGAUGAGGAGACGCUUCUCCCCCGCGUAUGGCGACGUUAGGCCUCAUUAGGCGCUAGUAAUCUUGUCUUUCUAUCCAUCAGUCACUACUGUACUUCCUACUCAUGCACUUUGGUGUGUAAAAAUGUAUGCAAUGCAACUCUGCUAUGUUAUCGAGAUACGUGGCAAGAAAUCCAUUGUAACUGGUAGGUAUACCACAAAAUUUCGGAGAUGUUAUCAAGCAACAAAGCGUCACUUCACAAUCCCU